AUCUUUAAUGAGUUAGGAAAAAAACUGUUUACAAAACCGAUAUAAACGUUACCAAUAGGGCCAUGAAAUCAUCCUAACUUGUCGGAAGGGAGAGAGUAUAUUUAGGGGUUCAUAACCACUCGACGUCCGCCGAUAUUAGCUUUCUUCGACAUAUUUCUCUUCUCAAUUGAUUUGCAGUAGUUAUCCGGCGGAGUGGCGGUAAUUCUAUUUUUAUCAACCAUCUUCACAAAUCACAAUCUCUCCAUAUUUCAUAGUUUUACAACCGUCAUACCAUCUGCGUCUUGGAAGUUAAAUAAUAAUAAGAUCGCGAGUCGGAAUGUUUUGAUUCGUGUGUUGAUGAAGAACAAAGUCACUUCCCCCCUUGUUUUUUGGUUUAUGUAUUGGUAAAUAGGCUUUAUUAUUUUUUAUAGAACCAAACUAAUCAUAUUUUCAGUGCUAAACGAUUUGUUAUCAGUUUUGAUGUUUCAGUGAUCUAUUACAGAGCAGCGUAAGCACGGCUACGAUUCAGAGUUUCUAGCAAUUCAAAAUGGACUUUGAAGAAGAAGAGAAUAGUUUUUGUGGAAGUGUCCCUGAGUUCGGUGCAAUUUUUAUGUCAAAUAUUGCAACUAAAAGGGUAUGCUUUAAGAAGAAAGUCAUGGGCAGUCCGUUGUCCCGGGCUAGCUUUGUGAAGCAGAUUAAAUGCGGAAUGGUCUUAUUCCUAUUUGAAUAUGAGAGGAGAGAGCUUUUUGGAGUUUUUCGUGCUACUUCAGAUGGAGGAAUGAAUAUUGUACCUCAUGCAUUUAGUUCAUCAGCAGGGAUCGACUAUCCUGCACAGGUUUCUUUCACCCCAAUCUGGAAGUGCAGUCCACUUUCUGAACCUGAAUUUCGAGAAGCAAUUAGUGCUAAUUACUAUUCUCAAAAGAAGUUCAACUUUGGGCUAUCUCGAGAUCAGGUUCAGAAUCUUCUCUUGCUGUUCAGCACAAAGAAGUUAAGAGGUAAGGUACCCCCUAGACAGUUGACUAGAGUAAACAGAAAACGAGUUGGGGAAAAUGGUAGUGUUGAUGACGAGAAACAUGCACUGAGUAACAAUAUUGGUCUUCUCAAUGAGGAUGACUUCGAGUCGUCUCCAGUGAUAGCAUAUCGAAGGAACUUUUGGGAUAGAGAUACUGUGAGGAAUAGUGAUACAUGUCCCGGGGUAGAUAUGAUGAACAAUGAAUAUGGGGUUUGUUUUUCAGAGGGGAAAUACCAGGAUAAUGUGUAUAGUGAUUCACCUAGUAGGAAAAGAGAAGAUGAUGACGAAAGGAUAUUUUUUAAUGAUGUUCCACAUAAUAUGCAAAAUGAUCGCCCUCUUAUGAAAGGCAUAAGGUUAACUGAGGGUAGACAGUUCAUGAUGGAUGAUACGUUUGACAAUUGUAAUUAUCUUCCAUCUCGUAUGCAUUCUAAUGAUCUUGUUGACCCUAUCCAUGUUGGUAGAAAAAAUGAUGGUGCUAUGGAUACGGAGAGGGAAAGGAUAGUAAAUAUAUCCAACAUAAACUUUGAGUCAGGGAUGACCAGAUUUGCAGCGCAUAGUGGAAAUUCUCUGCUCAACGGUGGUUUUGAAGAGCGUCACAAUAUGGAUAACACUUGUUCAUGUGACCGUAAAAGUGACCUCGGAAAGAUUGUAGAAAAUCCCAGUAGUCAGAUUAGAUUGAUUCAUGAUAGCACAGAAAGUAAGCAUCUAAAGAACUAUGCUACCAUUUCUGAUAUCCCAUCUGCUCCUUUUGGAAGCACAUCACAAGGCAAUGACGUAUUGUACGGCGAUCCUAGACAUCCAGUAGGAUGUAACAGAAGAGAACACAGUCCAGAUGCUUUUGUGGAUCCAAGCUUUCAUGGUCGAAGAAAUAACCGAUUUCAGUCUCCUGUUAAGGAUGUAAGAGGACGUGAAAAUACUAAUGAUUUUCUGCUUGGAUCUCAUGCCUCAAACAAAAAAUCCACUUUUUGCCAAAAUGUAGACGAAGAAGGGGCCAAUGCAGAUUGGUAUUUAAAGAAGAAUGCUGCCAAAUCUACAUCUUAUGUGGAAAAUUUUGAUAGGUUUCAUAAAAAUGCUGAUGAACAUUUGAUUGGAUUGCCUGCUUCAAAUGAACAAUCUACUUUUUGCCAAACUGCUGCUGAACAACGGGCCGAUACAGACUGGUAUGGGAAGAACAAUGCUAAAAAAGCUGCAUCCUAUGUGGAGAAUUUCAAUAGAGUUCAUGAAAAUACUAAUAAAUUUGUGUUUGGAUCUUCUGUAUUAAAUGAACAAUCUAUUUUCGGACAAAAUGUAAGCGAACAACAGGCUAAUGCAGACUGGUAUGGGAUGGACGAUGCUGAAAAAGCUGCAUCUUACAUGGAGAGUUUUGAUAUGCAUCACCGUUCACACAAUGAAACGAAGCAAAUCACUCCACCAAACCGUGGCAUGUCGUUUUUUGAGACAGCUCUCUCUCGAAUUACGGAAGCAGUAAACUUUGAAUCGUCUCCCUCAAAACUUCAAAGUGUAAUGACAAGUGCAAGAGCUCAACCAUCUGAUCAUGAGCUUUCCACAUCUCAUUAUGGAAACUUCUCAUCUCAUCUCGUUGAUGGCAGAUCUAGUUCAAUACAUGAAAAAAACUCUCAUUGUCUCAGAGGUAUGCCAUACCAUGAAAAAGCAGGAGGCACAACAGGACAUCCAGAUAUUACAUUUGCUGAUCACAUGGAAAGAUCACAUCUACCUUUACAGCCUCGGAUUCGUGAAUCUCAUUUUGAGUUUGAGUAUGCCAAGAAUCUGGGACUCCAUUCUUAUGAAGUUCUACCUUCUCAGAUUCCACAUAUGGCUUCUAUGGCUGUUGCCGGGCCAGGUGAAGCUGCUCCUCAAGGGGAAAAUGCAGGUUUCCCCCAUCUAUCCUUCGAUUUAAAAAGUUAUCCUUCAUAUGCCACUGAGCGCACUUCAUUGUCACCUGGUAUCAGAGAGUGUAUGGCAGUGCAAGAAACUGAUGGAAUGAUUAUGGGUGAUGAGUUUUCACAAAUGGAUCAGAAGAAUAACUGUGAUCUAUAUGAAACAAAUACAGGGAACGAUGGAACUUAUCACAAUUUAUCAUCUGAGAUGUCAGGUUCUGGGUUCAGACAAUUCAACCGAAGAAGCGUCUUCUCUCGGUUAUCUUCUAAGAAAUGUUCACUCAAAGAAAAACAAACUGGCUAUGUCACUAGUCAUGAUGAUCUCCUGGACACACCUGUUGAUGAUGUCCCAGACACGUCUGUUGAUGAUGUCAUGGGCAUGCUACAAAGUCAGCUUAGUCAGGUACUUCUGGUGAAGAGGCAAAUGAAAUUCAAACCGUUGGGCAAAUGUCCUGACAACAGUGAAGUAACUACCCGUGGAAAGCAUGACAAUGAACUGAAAAGGAAUGUGCAUCAAGCCACUGAACAAAAUGUUAUUUCUCGUGCACCAAAAGAGGCGCGAGUGGUGGAUUUUGGGCGUCGGAGUGAUUUAAUGAAAAAGUCUCAUGAUAGAGACAGUUCUGCGGCUGAAAAACUUGCUAUAGCUCCUAAGCAUAGACAACUCAAAAGAGGUUUGAUGUCCACGGAGAAGAUACCUUCUGAAAUUGAAAUAGCAGCUAGCUCCAUGGUUAAAGAAAUGCCAUUUAUAGCUCCGAAUCAUAGACAACUGAAAAGAGAUUUGAUGUCCAAGGAAAAGAUACCUUCUGAAAAUGAAAUAGUUAAGAAUCCUGCAUGUAAGCCUACGAAACGCAGAAAGCUGGUGAGGCCAUUUUUUGGUAAUGUUGGUGCUUGUUUUCUGGGAAACCACCACAGCAAUGAGACCUCCAAUGACAACCCAAUAUUUGUUGUCAAGAGUCAAGAACCAGAACCAGUCAAUGACCUGCCUUUAAGCGGGCAUGACUCAAGAAAUAGGGAUCCUGAUGGUAACCUUACAAAUCAAAACAGUGGAUCAUCCAAUGUGUUCCCUGCAACUGUCUGUGAGAACAAGGAUUCUAACAUGAAACAAAGAUCUGACAACCCUGUAUUUGUUAAAGCACGCCAACACUGUGCCACGAGUCAAGAACCAGAACCAGUCAUUGAGCUGCCUUUAAGCGGGCAUGACUCAAGAAAUAGGGAUCCUGAUGGUAACAUUACAAAUCAAAACAGCGGAUCAUCCAAUGUGCUCCCUGCAACUGUCUGUGAGAAUAAGGAUUCUAACAUGAAACAAAGAUCUGAAUGUGAAAAUUACAGUUCUGAAUUGCAUGACUUUUCAUCCAUGGAACCUGAUGUAAAAUAUCCGGGGAAAUUGUCUCAAGUUGAACCCCUUGAAACUCCACAGUGCACCUAUGGUAUCUCGUGUCCUGAAGGAGAUGAUGGUACACCUGAAGCUACCAAGGUUGCGGAUAAUAUUUCAUGUCUUGACGAUCUUCAAGGUGUUGAAAAAUGCAACCCUCCUCCUAGUACUACUUGCAAGUUUAAGGGCGAAAGGGUGGCAUAUUGAAUGACGUUAGAACUAAAAUUAUGAUUGCGGCUGUCUGUGUGAUAGAUAAUGGGAUUUGUUUUGUACCCAUAUGGGAGGUGGUCAGCAGAUUGCUAUGUCCUGGCUGGUAUAGUGGUAUAAAAUAUAUAUUUUUGUACGGAGAUCAGCUGUCUGAAGUCCCAAAUAUUUUGCUUCUACUUUUGUGCUCCCUCCCCACGGCAAUAAACACGACAUGAAAUGGAUCCAUUUGAGACAUAAUAUGAAGAUAGUAGAAUGCUGACACUGGAGUCCAUCUGUUAUAUUUUUUAACUUGCUCGAUAUAAAUAAAAGCUAUCUUGGGCUGCACAAGAAUGCUAAUAGAUGUUAAACAUGUCUGGUCCAAACAGUUUGUUUGGUUCUCUUUUACGGAGUCCUUUUCUUUUGAACAUAAGUAAUCUAAGCAAAGUAAUGAUGCCUUAAUUUCCUUCUAUUCCUGUCACUUUUACCUAAGCUGAAAGUAGAUGUUAAGCGUGGAGAAAAAAAUCUAGUUGGAGUUUCAACGAAUCCUUUUCUGUAACACGAGUUGGUUGACGUUAUUACAUGAUGUUGAUGUCAAAAUGCAAAAUUCAUAUUCCCUCCAUCCUAUUUAAAGGUUCCCGUCCACUA